AUGCAGAAAGGCCUGAAGAAGUACUUCGUGAAUAUGGACGAGUACCUGUGCAGUCUCGGCCUGUACCGGAAGAUGGUGGCCCGUGACGCGUCCAGUCUCUUCCGAGCCGUGUCAGAGCAGUUGUACUCGUCUCAGAACCACCACCAGAAGAUCCGCCAGGACUGUGCCAACUUUAUGAGAGCCAACAGAUGCAACUUUGAGCCGUUUGUUGAAGGUUCAUUUGAGAAGUACCUGGAGCGUCUGGAAGACCCCAAGGAGACCGUGGGUCAGGUGGAGAUCAAAGCUCUGUCUCAGCUCUUCAGGCGGUGCUUUGUGAUCUACCGUUACCCAGGGAAACAAGCCACAGUGAUCUCAGAGGAUGACUACGUGGACAAGGUAAUUCUGUGUUGCUCCAUCAACGGUCACUAUGACAUUGUUUACCAAAGGAGUUACCCCGCCUCCGCCGCCCUCUGCCAAUCUCUGGUGUACGAGCUCCUCUACACUCAGGUGUUUGGCCUGGAGGAGGCAGAGCUCUGUCAGGCAGUGGAGGCGUUCAGAGUCGGAGGUCGUCGCUAUAGAAACAGUCCGUCGAUGUGCAGCGAUGUGGAUGCUGGUUACGACAUGCCUGAAGAACAAGGUCAACGGGAGGAGUCAGAGGUGGGUAGAGCUAUAGAUGAGAAGCCCCGCCUUGUAUCUGAUGAAGCCCCGCCCUCCUGUAGGCUGUGUCUUCCUUAUAAAGUGAUGAAGUCUCUGGAUGGAGAUGUUUACAGGAACCUGGAGUUUGACGUAUGGCAGGACACCUGUAAAGAGAUGCAGAAGACGGACUACAUGGUUUUUGCUGGAAGGCAGUACUUCCUUGGUGACAAAUGUCAGGUUCGCCUACAACCGAAGGGCAAAUAUUACAAUGCCUUCAUCCAGGAGGUUGGAACGCAUCCGUCGGCCGUGACUGUGUUUAUUGAGGAGCUUGGAGAGAAACACCUGGUUCCCCUAACUGAUCUCAAACCAGUGAAUCCAGUUCCAGCCUGGAACGUUGCAGCUCCGACCAGGAAAGGUGACCUUGAUCCAGAGUUGCGUGGUCCGCGUCAUCAUCGCCAUCGUUACUUUAGGAAGUCUCGUGGCAGCAGUGGUGUGAAGGGGGCGGAGCUGCUGAUUCCUCCAUCUUCUUCAUAUGGAGGUCCUGCCCCCUCUGUCUUACCUCCCCGCUUCCAGCCAGCAGGUCAUCCACGUCCACCGCCACCACCCUCACCGGGAGCCAUGGCCUAUGACCCCUACGCCCCCCAUCAUCACCACCCACCCACGACCCGACCACCCCGCUAUGGAGCCAACAGAAGCUCCACUCGUUUCCUGAACCGUCACCUGAUUGGUCCUCAGCUGACCUACUACCACCCUGGCAGAAGAUAUUACCAUGACUACGAGAACUACGCCUUCAGGUCUAGGCGCAGUCGUCGCCAUUUGGCAGCUCUGAAUAAAGACUGUGCAUUUGGCUUCCCUGGUGACGCUGUCGAUGAAUCAGCUGAUCUGGAAUCGGCGAUGGCCUUCUACCAGCUGGACGACGGAGGAGAGGCAGUGUUUCCUCCUCUGACGGGUUCUACAAUACCCCCGCCUUCUGCCAUGGGAGCACCGCAUCCCCCAGCUGGCUCCACCUACAGAGUGCAGCGGAGCACAGGACCCCUCCCCCAUGCACCUGCACCUGGAAACACACCUGUGUGUUCUUCAGAGGAGGAGCAGGGGGAGACGAGCACCGUGGAGGACCAGGGUGAGUACGCAGAGGACUUCAUCUACUCAUCUCAGGAUCAGAGCUACCAGACAUCAGGAGUUUACUCAGCUGCAGACCCUGCCCCCAAACAGGAUGAACAAGAAGGAGGUGGUGCUGACUCUCCGCAGAGGGAUGUGAACUACAACUACACACAGCAGGUGGUGAAGCCGCUGACUGUCAUCUGUUCAUCACCGUCCUCUUCCUCCUCUGCAUCCUCUCAUGUCCCUGCAGUCGCUCACCUGACGUCUGCACACGCACCGCCACGUUCAGUUGCCAUGCCAAUCCCAGCAGCCUCUCCCUGGUUGGUUAAUGAGCUGGGUGAACCUGUCUGCUCAGUGAUGUCUCCGCCCCCUUACUCCUAUGACCCUAACGGAAGCGACUUACCCAGAGACUACAGAGUCCUCCAGUAUUACUACAACCUUGGAGUCCAGUGGUAUCAUCAGACCUGUUGGCAGCAGCCAUACUCCAGCGCCCCCCCAGAGACCCCUUACUCCUACCAGCACUACCCUCCCUACGCGAGCCAGGACGCUGCCCUUCACGCAGCCCCUCAGGGGUACCCCGACGCUGGCCGAGGCCCGCACCAGCCCCCCUCCUCCUUCCCAGAGUCCUCCAGGGCAGACGGACAGACAGACACUCACAACAGCGGCCCUGCACCUUCCCUGGAAGGCUCCUCCCCCUCAUCAGUCAGCCCUGCCCCUCCAGGCUCUGCCCCUUCUUCUAAUCUCCUCUACUCUGAGCAGACACCCCUCCCCCCCCCCCCUCCUGUUGUGCACCUGCCAUAUGAAGCUCCACCCCCUGCUGCUGCCUACCUUCCGUCUGCCCCACCCCCUCCUCUGCCACACCCCACCCAUCUUCCCCUCCACUCCUCCUAUCACUGCCUCCCGCCAUCUGCCCAUUGGGGGGCUAUACAACCAGGCCACACCUCUAGGGUCUACUGUCCUGCCCCAAACCCCACCCAUGUGGUCAGCUACAUUACAGCCCCACCCCCUCACCAUGCUACCACCCACUACCUCCCACCAAGCAUUUAG